AUGGCAUCAUUUGUAAACAAACACUGUAAAGAUAGCCAGUGGAAUGCUAAAAUAGCAAAUGGCUGUUGGUGUACAUAUAAAAAGAUAUAUAUGGAAACUCGAAUGUUAGCUAAUAAAUCUGGAUGGGGAUUAACCGAAGAUCAUAAAAAAGGGAUUAUAACUAUAGAAGCUAAAUUGGAUGAAUUAUGUUCAUAUUUUAGUCGAAUUGACACUAUUUAUAGAGAAAAACAAAAUGUUCAACCUUCUUUUCUUGAGAAUUUCAGAUUAAAUAAUGAAGAUAAUAUAAAAUCGAAUGAUAUUCAGGAACAAAAUGAUGAAUUACAAUCUGAUAAAUAUUAUAUAUUUAAAAAUUCUAUUUUGAAUUAUUUAAAAUAA